AUGGGGCCGGUCCCAAAGUGGCUAUGGGUCUUGGUGAUACUCAAUAUCAUCCUUUGGUCCGCAGCGCGUCGGAAGUCUUCAAAAGACACAACGACCAUAGUUUGGUCGAAGUCGACCCAGAUCGAUCCGUUCAAACACACGUAUUCGUAUCAAGGCAACAAUCUAGUUAACACCACCGCUCUCUUCGAUCGACAGACUCUUGACCCUAUCAUCAAAUCACUACUGAGAACAUCAUUUGCACAUAAUAGCUAUGAAUCCAAAGUAAUACCGUUCUAUAGAAAAAAGACAGGCUCGUUCAAGUCUGAAGAUGUAACCUUGAUCACUUGGAUAACUUCAGAUCGUUUGGGACGACUGGUCAGAUUAGCGGAGAAAAGAAAGGCUCCGAUAUCCGUAUCGUAUUACAUUCCUCUCCGAGAUAAACUAGCUACGCGUGAUUUAGCUUUACUUGAUAAACUAUUCAAAACCCAUCCUGCCCUAUCCCAAAAUGUCGAUGUCCACCUAGUCACCUCUUCAGAGAUACUACAACCGAACACGUGGAGGACAGUUGCCCAUACAUUCUCACAGACCGACUGGGUGAUGUUAUGGGAUGCGGAUUUUGAGGCUUGUACGGAUUAUCAGGAUGGUUUAGAGGAAUUUAGGAGGAAUGUGAAAGAUAAGAGAUGGUUAGGAAGGUUAGAUCAUGGAAUGGCAGCUUUGAUCAUACCGUCCUACGAAUGGACGGAUCCAUCUUAUGCUCGUGGGAGGGAUCUAUGUCCGAAAGAUAAAAGAGAACUAUCCACUCUAUAUCAUGAUCUGACCCUUGACGCAUUCGAAACUCAUAACCCCAUACUAUCCCAUGCUACAGAAUAUAACCGAGCGGUAGAUGCUGGAUUUACAGAUUACUAUGAGGUGACAGAAUUUGAAUUUGGAUAUGAGGUGUAUGCGAUAUUCAGGAAAGACGCGAAUGUCUGGUACGACCAGCGUUUGGUGGGAUAUGGAUUCGAUAGAGGGGCAUUUACAGCUCAGAUGUAUCUGUCCGGAAUGGAUCUAUACGUCUUACCUGGUCAGUACGCCGUACACGAGGAACAUCCAUCAUACACCGAGAGUAUGACUCGGGAUUCCAGUGGGAUGACUGUCUCAUGGAUGACUUUCCAAUUAGAUCUUUGCCAUAGUAUCUUCCAGCGGUUGGCAACCAGAGGUGAAUUACAUGGACAGCUGGGCGAACGAUCAAUCUCACAUUGCGCAGAUCUGGACUUACCGGAAAUGAAGAACGAUCUGGACAGACUACUCAUGCAGUCUCGCAAUAUGGGAGCAAAGCGAAUGUGA